UCCCAAUGCUCCCAACCCUGGCGUGGCCCCCACUGCCGCUGCGGAGCGACUUAGGGUAAAUUGGCUGCACUUCAGCGAUGGCGAUUGCGGCAAGGGCGCUACUCUCGGCCGCUCUGGGGAGCACUAGGGCAGCGGGCGGAGGCGGCGGCUUCAGCGGGCUAGGUAUUAGCAGGCAGCGGCAGCCUCAGCGGACGGUAUGCCAGAGGUUUCCAGUGUGGAACAGUCAGCGGGUGUUGUACUGCUCGGGUACCUCUGUGCCCUCUAAUGAUGUAACUGUCAUAUACCAGAACGGGCUACCCGUUCUCUCCCUCAAUCUACCAUCGCGGCGAGAGCGUUGCCAGUUCACCCUCCGACCCAUCUCGGACUCUGUCGGGGUUUUCCUGAAGCAGCUGCAGGCAGAGGAUAAAGGCAUCGACCGAGUCGCCAUCUACACUCCAGAUGGAAAUCGAAUAGCUGCAUCAACGGGAAUCGAUAUCCUACUUCUUGAUGACUUCAAGUUAGUGAUAAAUGAUGUAGCUCACUAUGUGCAACCACCAAAGAGAGAGAAGCUGGCUCAUGAAGAUGCAACGUCAAUGAACGACGUUAAAAUCCUCGUCCAGCAGCUCUUCACCACUUUGCGCAUCGAGGAGCACCAGCUGAACAAGGAGCGGGAACUGAAGAGGCGAGUGGAGGAGCUCAAUGCUCAGAUCGAACCACUUGAGAAAGUCAAGUUGGAAUUGGACAGGAAGGCAGAGAAGCGAUCGACCUGGGUGCUCUGGGGUGGGAUGGCCUUCAUGGCGACGCAGUUUGGAAUCCUGGCUCGCCUCACCUGGUGGGAAUAUUCCUGGGAUAUAAUGGAGCCCGUCACCUAUUUUAUCACCUACGGCAGUGCAAUGGCGAUGUAUGCCUAUUUUGUCAUCACACGGCAGGAGUACAUUUACCCUGAUGCCAGAGACAGACAAUACCUGCAUUUCUUCCACAAAGGAGCCAAAAAGACAAAAUUUGAUAUCGAAAAAUACAACAGGCUCAAGGAUGCGAUUGCUCAGGCCGAGUUGGACUUGAAACGUCUUCGGGAUCCACUCCAGCUCCAUCUCCCCAUUCAGCCUGUCAGUGACCAAGAGUGAAGAAUGCCAGAGGUGACACCACCAUCCCCCCUGCCCCUACCAACCCGUGGAAUGUCUGGAAACGCUGAGACCGUGGCACUCUUUACCUUAUCAAAACCAAACCCCUGCGGGUCCUCGAGGUCAUCCUGGCAGUGGGGAAGGGGUUUGAAAUCACAUUGAGGUGUCAGGCGCAUUGCGGAAUCCGAUUAUGCGGAAAGAACGGUGCCGCUUUUCCAACUGAUGACGUGUGGCUGGAUUGGGAUGCACGUUUCCUCUGCUUUUUUUUAAAAAAAAUUAUUUACACCAUUUAUUUUACUGUUUUAUUCUGUUUUUGUGCAGAUUUUACAAACUAUCAAUUCAUCUGACAUUGCUGCACUCAAAACUUUAAAAAAAAAAUGACUAUAAUUAAGAAGGGCAUUGUUUGUGAAAAUGUUGUAUGAAAGAACAAUGUAAUUCUGACAAUAAAUAACUACCACAACUGUUUUGGAGCUUAUUGGCUGUUGCCUUUGGUCCCUGGGUGAAAUGGUUUGUUUUUCUGGUUUAAUACACUAUUGGUACAGAAAGGUGCAGUUUACCUGAGUUUGUCUGCUCUUGCUGCCAUUUCUUGAGGUGCAGCAUCAAUUUAUUUCCAAAUAAGCUGUUUUAAAUCAUUAGGGAAAGAUUCUUGUGUCUGACCUUUGCCCAAAGAGGUGAAAGGCUUGUAGCUGUUUUGGCACAGUGAGUAAAUAUCUCCUGGAGAUAAUCUUGUGCUCAGUGAACCUGGAACCAAUGCUUUACUCUGAAUGGAAUGAAUCUUAUUAAACUUGGCAAGCUUGUUUCACUCCCCUUUCCAAAUCUCUGCAUCUCAGCAAGUUGUGCCUCCCACCCUCAAGGUACAUGUCUGUUUAAUUUGACCUGGUGGAUGUGGGUAGCAGGAAAAAGUCAUCUUGGUGUACAACCUUGGCCUUGUUAAUCAGUGGCCAGCUAACCAAGGCAGAAAGAAUGGUGCAGAAAUCAAUAUAAGCUGCAGCCACACCUCUGUAUCCAUUUCCCAUCUCAAAACAUUGCUUGGGUAAAAUGCAUUCAUUUUUAAAGCAAUUAAAGGGACACUUUUAAAGACCCCUUUAAGGAUACCUCUUAAAGACCCCUUUAAGAGGUAUUUGUUGUCUGCUGUCUUAUUUUUCCACACAUGAAGAAUUGAAGAUGUCACUUCACAAUACUUUUAUUAAUAUGCAUCAGAAGCUCCCCUUAGGGAGUUUGUACAUUAAAGUGCUAGGUCUUCUAACUGGGAUCUAGAUCGACUAGGCAGCCAUUAGUGAUUGAAGAAUGAUCCAUAUCGAAUGCAUGUUGCAUUACUGUUACUGUGGAAGUUGCAUCAUGAAAGUCGUUGCAUGGUUUUCCUGUUAGACAGGGAUUCAAAUACCUCUGAGCUGUAUUGUGACGUCCAAUUUGCAAGUCACAAUUGCAUGUUCCCUUUAUAUUGUUCGUACAGACAGGAAUAACCUGUCAAUCACUGUGACUUAAAAGGUUGUUACCAAAAUGGGAACAUAAAAACCCAAGUUGUAUACAAUAUUACAGUACAUUAUAUGGGUAUUCAUCCUGGGGUGGGCCCACUAGAUAGUGCUAGGUAAUUUGAUCUCAGUAUAGAAUAACUGGCAUGAUUUUUCAGGCAAAUUACACUGGUGGUAAAUGCUUUUUGCAGACUUAAGUAACUUAGUACUCAUGAUCUCUGUGCAAGAAUAUUGAAGUGAGAAAGUUUUGAAGGAGCAUUGCAGAUGUGAGUUGUGUGUUGGUUUAAUGCAGUACCCAUUCAUGUCCCUGGUAACAAGAACAGCAAUACAAAAGCAAAAUCCUGCAGUCGAUGAAAAUCUGGAAAAUAAAUGUUCUGCAGCUCGGGGAGAAACAGAGUUAACAAGAGUUAACCAGCUAAAAAGGCAUUGCCAGAACACUUACAGCCAGUUUUCAUUGUCCCCUCUCCCUGAGAAUAGAAUGUGUACCUAGGUCUCCAGGGGUGAAGGGCAGUGAUCAAGACGAGUGCCUUAGCUUCGCCACCCAGCCUGAGGAAUCCAGAGGGAAUGUGAUGCACUGAUUGUAUCCAAUGCAUGAACCAGGUCCUGGGAAACCAUAGUAAUGUGCAUGGGAAUAAAACCCUUUUGAGAGCUUAAUUACAGAACCCAAAGGACUCUUGGGGUCUUACUGUUUGUUUUUAAGAGUACAGUAGGUUGAAGGUAUCACAGAUGUUCAUUUAACAUGGCUGUAUGCAUUUUAUAUAAUAUAUAGAAGAGGAAUGAUAAGUGAAAUGUAACAGCACAGAUGGUGUGUUAUGCAUAUAGGUGUCCUUUGAAGUCUGUGCUACAUAUUGCCAUGUGUAGCAAGAUAUGAAAUCAUUGGAUCUCUGCCCUUACUGAGCACUGUAAGGUAUCAGGGAUGUUCACACAAGUGGUACAAGAAUCUAUUUAUUCCUGCGGCACAGGAAAAUUUGGCUGAAUUCCCACUACUUUCAACACCAUACUUGAAUUUCCAGUCCCUUAUAGGAGUUCAGUUUAACUCCUUGAGUGCUGAAACUUGUUUGUAGCUUUCAGAAUACUCCUGUGUUUUCUAUCAUGUAACACUUGCAGAGAUGCUCUUGUGUAAAUUUCUAAUGCUGAAUAUUAUGAAGCAAAAUCUGAGGAAUGUAUCAAACCACAGACCAUUUCUUAAUUGACACUGUUUACUGAAUAAAUUGCAAAAAGAAAACCACUC